ACCUCAACUUUAUCAUUAUCAGCUUAUCACUACACUUGAUCGCUCACCAAAUCAAAAUUUCGUUUUAAAUGAUCGUUAAAUUUCUUUCCUCCACGCCGCUAAUGUGAAAUUUUCAGUGAAACUAUCCAGGAAUUGUGAAAAUAUGGCGCCGUUAGUAGAGACUGUGAUUCGUCAAGCCGUAAAAACAUUCACCAAGUCACCUAACGCACCCAGCUCGACGGUAUUUCGGGAAAACUUUGAAAAUCUAGUAAGUCAUGUGAAUCACUUAACUUACAACGACGUCCGAUUGGACCGGUCCCUCUUAGUUUCUAACACCAUGAAUCAUCGCAGAGCACCCGUGACUUACGUAGAAAUACUGGAAAACAAAGAAGUAACAAUCGGUAUCUUCAUCCUCCGACCAGGUGCUAAACUUCCACUCCAUGAUCAUCCUCUGAUGUAUGGCAUCUUAAAAGUGAUUUUUGGUAAAGUAUCAAUACAAAGUUACACCUUAGUCAAGAAACCUACUGUCCCAGAAAAGCUAGUUGAACCAAAUGGUGAUGUUUCUGGGACUAGUAGCGGCUCAGAUGCCAGCUCUUCAUCUCUCUCAAGUUUAGAAACCAGUGACUACCUCUACAGUGAAAUACCCUUACUUGCAAACAAGCAUCCUUCCAUGAUCGUAUCUGAUACGGAUUCCUGCUGUGUGCUAACCCCAACAGAAAGGAAUCUUCAUGAAAUUCGUACUGUUGAUGGUCCGGCAGCUUUUAUUGACAUUUUAUCACCUCCUUAUUAUUCAGUUAUUCCUGAUGUGGGACCACGUCAGUGCUUAUAUUUCAUUGAAGUUGGCUCAGAAAAGAGCUUAGUGAAGUUAAAACCGGUCCCAAAUCAGUCGGAAUAUUGGAAUGAUACUGCACCGUACCAGGGACCUCCCAUCAAUAAUUGAUUAGGUCUUCCUGUUGCAUUUUUAGGGAUUUCAUCCUACCUCAGUAUGUUUCAGCUCUGAAUGAAAAUUUUAAAAUUUAGUAGUUUCGUCGAAUCAUCUUCAGCUGCUUGACUUUUCUGGAAUACACAUGUAAGUGUAUUGAUGAUGAAAGUCUUGAGAUAAUUCUUCUUUGUCUGAGGCAGCGUUUGCAUUUUUGUUGGUGUAUUUUAGUUAUCCAAUUAUCUUCUCAAUUUUUUACUUAAAUCCUUAAAAGUGCUUUGAUCUUUCCCUAAUCAUUUGCUGCACUUUUUGCGGGUGGUAUUUGAACUUUCCAUCCCUGUAAACUUCUUUCUUAAAUAUGUUUCUCAAUAACUGGAAAGUCUGCUUUGAAAAUUAAUGUCAGGGUCCUCCAAACAAAUUCAGAUUAUUGCUGUUAGCUUUAUCAGCAAUUGCUAUACCUACCUCUGAUAGAGUAAUGGAAGGGUGGUUGACCAAUAUUGACCUUGAUAAAGAAAUGGGAAAGUGGAUGAAAGUGAUUGUCUCAUGGCUACCAAAAAUAUGAGUGUUUGCAAUUUGCUCUUUAAAAUCAACUGUUUCUCUUUCCAAGAUCAUAAUCGACCAAAUAAUGCAGCGUAGCUAUCAUGAUUUUUUUUUCAAUUUAGAACUUAAUUCUCCUAGCGAAACUCAAUGGACAUAACUGUAGACUUGUGACGAGAGGGCAGCUUACAGAACUGUUCACAAUUUCACUGUAUAGCAAUUUCCACCCAGUUAUCUAAAAAAAGAUUUGUUUAGAGGAGAGAGUCUGGGAAAAUAUUUUUUCUGAGUUAACUUUUGAGUUGACUUUUUAGUCUUUUUGAUUGAUUCUGGUGAUAGCAUGGAGUGCCAACUAUGGAAUAAUUAUAUUUUGUCAAAAAAGAGUUGAAAGUCUUGUUAUGCAUGCUCAUCUUAUGUAGCAUGAUUUUGAAACACUUUUCUACCGUUGAAAACGGCUCUAAUUUAAUUUUAUUUCACACUGAUGAAUAGGUUUAUUACUCCUCAAUCCCAUUUUAUGGGGGAAAAGAAUAAGUUGAAAGUGGUUUGGGCACUGGCUCCCUUUAGCAAUAUAUAAGAAAUUAUUGAAACCCAAUCUAGAAAAUCUAUGUGUGUACCUAUUGUUUGCAUUAACUUGUUAUGACUUAUUGAUUUUAUUCACAAGCAAAUGCAGCAGGUACCUUAUUUCAAUUCCUUCAAUAUUGUACCCCUCUUUACUGAAGCAUCAGUGCUGCAAUUUCAAAAGAGGAGUAGUUAUUGAAACGUAUGCACUUAUGUCCUUUUUGUUAUAUACCUAUUUUGCAGAUAUUGUUUCAGUACACAGGCAAUGAUCUUUAUUUUUAUUUGAGCGAGCUGCAGUUGACAAUUAAUACAAGGGCCCCUGGACAAGGUAUGAAUUGAAGCAGUACGCAACAUAUUUUAUCUUAAAAAUUUUUAGAAGGAAACAAAUCACACUCUGGAACUUUUGGAAAUCGACUCAUAAAAUAGAUAUACC